AGGCUGCAGUAUUAACGGAGUUCUUCAAGCAAGGCGACGUGGAGAAGAGUCGCGGGGACCUUCCACCUCUCAUGAUGGACCGGGACAAGUGCUUCAUACCAGAACUCGAAAUCCAGUUCCUGCAGAUGACCUGCGUGCCGCUUUUUGAUAAUUUGGGAAGGAUAAUUCCAAAGGCAACGGCGUGUGUGAAGAUCAUAGAGAAUCACAUCGAGAGAUGGGACGCUGCUAAGCCAGUUUUUGCGGAAGUGCCGGCGACUGCAGGGCUAGCCGUUUUACUGAGUCCAGAGUUAGAUAACCUCAUAGAGUUAAACCUCAAGGAGAAAGAACGUUUGCGAGUAGAGGGAGAAGUUGGCGAGGAAGCAACUUAGAAUAUAAUAAUGAAGUUAGUAAACAAUUAUUUAAAUUUCGAAAAGUGUUAAAUUAUGUUUA